GUGCACCCAGACAGAGGAGGAGGACGAGCUGGCAUCCAUGAAGCUCUACAUUAACGAGACGUUGACGUUGGUGGGACAAAACUUCAGCCAGCUGAUUAAUCUCGCCUUGGUUCAGGAGGUGAAGGGUCUGGUGGAGCAGCUGGAAGCAUCUGACAACCUGCACAGCGUAGAAUCCGCCAUACGGAGCCUGUUUGGGCUCACCCAGGAAGGAGCCCGGCUGUGCCAUCUGGUAGCUCAGGAAGAGGCCGUCGUCGGUCUGUUUAAAAUUCUGCGUCAGGAUCAGUUUAAAUGCCUGUACCCGACCGCGCUGCGGACGCUGGCCUCCCUGUGCUGCAUGGAGGAGGCGAUUCACCAGCUGGAAAAGGUGGAUGGAAUUUUGUGUUUGACGGAAAUUCUUACAGACGACUCUCAUUCAGAGGCCACCAAGGCGGAGGUUGCGGCAGUGAUAGCGCAGAUCACAUCUCCUCACCUGACCGUCACGCAGCAUCUCAGCAGUUUCCUGGAAAACAUGGAGGAGAUAGUCACUGCCCUGCUGAAGUUGUGUGAAGAUUCGUCCACGGGGGAGUCGUGUUUGCUGGCCUCUGCUGCUUUGGCCAAUAUCACGUUUUUUGACAGUCUGGCCUCGGAGAUGAUCUUACAGAUGGGUGCUGUGAAGAUCCUGAUCAACGCAUGUUCAGACAAGCAACGAGUCAAUACUGCCUAUGCCCGGGACCAAAUUGUGACAAUUUUAGCCAACCUGUCGAUUCUGGACCCGUGUGCUGCGGAGAUCCUUCAGGAGAACGGGGUGGAGCUUCUGGUGCAGAUGUUGUGGGAGAAGCCUCUCAGCGGGAGUUUGGCCGAAGUCGCCGCCUGUGAGCGAGUCCUCCAGAAGUCGGCCGUCACCCUCGCCCGGCUGGGCCGCCGUCCGGACAUCACCCGAGCCGCCAUAAAGUGUAACUGUAUCCCGCGCCUCGUUGCUCUCUGCCGCCACCCGGAGGAGCGGUACAGCAGUGACGCCGUCCUUGUCGCGUGUCUGGCGGCGCUGCGCAGGUUGGCGUUGGAACAUCCCGGCGGCAUGGAAGAUUCCGACCUACAACAGCUGGUGAAACCCCGGCUGGUGGAUUCCUUCCUGCUGUGCUCCAACAUGGAGGAGAGUUUUGUAUAGCCGGGGACCAUGUGACACGUGCGAGGAGAUUUCUAUCCCAUCCAAUAAUAUAUACAAAGUAUCAGA